AUGGCUCUCAGUGGUGGGGUGUACCCCAUGGAUCAUUCGAUGGACGCCGAUGUUCCUCCGGCCCGGCCCACGGCCCCGGAGUGCACGGUGCGGGACAUGGUAGAAGAACCACAUACCCCAUCGAACAAAGGCUUCGGCGCGGAAAUAUUCAAGCUCUUCGGAGGCGGCAGCAUUGGUAGUAAUGGGUUGAAGAAAACCACGCGAGAUGGGCAGCAGCCCAAACGUCGCGGCCCCAAGCCGGAUAGCAAGCCUGCACUUACCAGGCGACAGGAACUAAACCGACAGGCUCAAAGGACACAUCGCGAGCGAAAGGAAAAAUACAUGAGAGGUCUGGAAGUCGAGGUAUCGCGGUUACGGGAGGCCUACACCACCGAGAUCAUGGACGCCAACACAGCGAUUCACCAACACAAAGAGAUGAUGCAUUGGAUGCGAGUGGAGAAUGAAAUCUUGAAGGAAAUUCUCGCAGCGAACGGAAUCCAAUACGAAGCCGAUUUAGAGCGCCGCCGGGCAGAACGCCCAUUCCAAUCGAGCCCUGUUACUGUCGCUCCUAGCAGCACUGCGUCGCAGAGUGCUCCUCUCGCCCACUCGGUCAGCAACCACAACACAACCCCUGCAACCACGAUCUCGUCCGGAAUGAGUCCCCGCGCCAAUGGCAUGGAUCACUCCGAGAUCUCGCCCACGAUUGGAUAUGCGUCCCAGCAGCCAGUGUACCACGCGAGUGCCGGCGAGCAUUCCAUGAGCAUGGAUCAUUCAUCCUGCGGACCUAUCGAUACCAUGCAGCCCAUGCCAAUUAUGCCGGGAGGUGUCUUCGAAACGGACCCCCAGUUGCAAGUUGACUUUAUCCUAACACUCGAAGGCCCCUGCCGCGAACAUACAGACUACCUCUGCAGACGAUCGAUCACAGAAGCCGACGACGAAGACAUGCCAUUCUCCGGACACGCCCUGAUGGCAACAUGUCCGCCGCCUAGCUACAUUGCGAAAACCACACACGAACAACCAUACCCGCAUAAGACGCCAGACCUCCCGCACGCAAACCUCAGCACACUCCUCAACCUCAGUCGACAGCUCGUCACGGACGGACAGAUCACGCCCAUCAUGGCGCUGCAGUGUCUUAAGAACCACGAGCUGUACCCGACGCUCCGUCGCGACGACAUCAAGAUCAUCAUGGACACGCUCAACACCAAGGUCCGCUGCUACGGCUUCGGUGCUGUGGUUGAGGACUUCGAGUUGAUAGAUUGUCUGAGCAGCGUGCUCGGCACCAGGGUUGAACUCGGCGUGGCCGGCACAGCCGAUGACUCGAUGUAUGGUUGA